CGAGGAAGGAAGGUUGGUUGGGCUGGGAACGGGAAAGUGAGGGAGGGCAGGACAGGAGGGGCAUGCUGUGUUGGGUCGGGGAGGGGAUGUGGAGUGGAUGCACAGCAAUGCGAGCAUAAUCGACAAGGGGCAGUCCGAUUACGACUGCAGCGUCAGUUUUCUACUGCUGAGAAAGCCUUCGGAUGACACACGGCCCAACAGCCGCAGGGUGGCAGAACGUGGGCGAAGUGGAUCGUUACUGUUGCUGGACCCGACACAGGUGCUUUGUAAAGCCCUUUUACUUGCCUCAUUCCACAUCCCUCAUCCCUCAUCCCUCACCCCUCAACCCUCACCCAUGCCGCGCCCCCCUCCUCCGGAGCCAAUAUUGGGAGGAAGGUCAUCUGUCAUACCAGUGAUUCAAAGUUCCCUCUCAUCUCGUUCCGAGCUCAACCGCAGCUCCAAGCCUGCGAAGCGGCUGAGGAGUGAGAGGGUCUCAGAUCCACAAACAGAAGGAAGCAAUAGCCCCUGAAGCGGGAUGAAGAAAAGGGGGUGGUGGUGGGCUUAUCGAUAAGACAUUGGAGGGGUAAAUCCGAGUUGGAGGAACAGCUUGAGCUCUCUGAGUCUGAGCCUGAUGGAAUUAUCAUUCGAUGCUUGUGAUGUCCUUUUAGAGAUGCCUUUGAAAUUGCACUGGAUAUGGGUAUUC